AACUGUAAUUGUGAAGGAGCUUGUAGAAACAGAAGUAGUAUGGAAUGGUCUAUAGAGACCACCUCRUGACGUCAUYUAUUAUCUUACUGUAGCAGAUGUAGCCUCCCUUUUAUCGGAGUUCGCCGGUGGUGGCUGCAUUUUAGGGACUUGCUGUAUUCUAAAGAAGAUUACUUCACAUAGAAUUCUAUUCUGAUCGUAGUAUACAUUACAGUCUGAGGAUUAUCAUAAGCCUUUUUCGUGUUUUGACAGCAAGAGAGGAAAAAAUAAUUGAUCAGCGCUUAUGCCACAAAGGGAGAAGAUAGAAUCCGCCUUUUUGAAAUCAUCAUUUAGUAUCACCAGUACACUUCCUUGAAAACAACGGAGUCAAAACUCAUCGGAGUCAAAACUCAUCGGAGUCAAAAAAUCGUCGCAGUCGGAGCUUUGCGUCAAAAUGACGAAUAAUUCAACGGGAGCAUUCGACGACGGAUCAGCGUCAUCACAAACUAUAAAAGUUGUUCAAUACAUAUUCUAUGCUAUCAUCAUUGUCGUGGGAAUAACAGGGAAUUCUCUAGUUUGCAAAGUAAUACUUGCUCAACGACGAAGAAGGCCGAAUGAAUACUUCAUUCUYAAUCUUGCUAUUACAGAUCUGGGGACUUGCGGUUUGAGCGUUCCGUUUGACAUUGCUGAGCAAUUGAGCGGGAAAUUUCUGUUGGGGAAUUUCUUAUGCAGGGUUAUCUAUCCAUUGCAGACGAUUUUCAUGGCAACUUCAGUAUUCACACUACUUUGUCUUAGUCUUGAGAGAUACAAAGCUAUAGUACUUCCACUAGAACCUAAGCUUCGCCGUCCAACAGUCAAGCUAAUGUUACUUGCAACAUGGGUGAUAUCAUUGGGCGUGGUCGUACCUUAUAUCAGCGUCCUUAAGUUUGAUUACACAAGCGAACAAUGCCUGGAAAACUGGCCAAGYAAUCCCUUAUAUGUCAAAGUCUACACUUGUAGUGUAUUUAUUGUAUUAUAUCUCAUACCGUUAUCUAUAAUAAUAGUAUGUUACUUAAGAGUACUUUUUCGUCUUUACCACGACAAAUCCCAUAUUGUUAGGCUGAUGGGUGGCAAGAGCCGGUCGCAUUCCGAACGAUUGAUCCGCCAACGUGCCGAACAGAACCUYCAUAUGGUAAAACUCUUCGUGACAGCAGUUACUGCAUUCGCGAUUUGCUUUUUACCAUUUCAUGUGAUUUGGUUGUGGAACGACUUUGGAGACGGAGGCAAAAACCCUCACUUUGGUAUCACACUAGAGUUUUGCAACAUACUGGCGUACAGUAAUAGUAUCGUUAACCCUUUUAUAUUUGGUAAACUGGAAUUACGUGGGUUCUGYAGCGGUAAAAUURGCGCAAGGGGUAUCUUCUCGUUAAGAUCYAAUUCUACCGCUUCGUCCUUCGAGACUUCAAGCUUUCUUAAAAGUUCAAGAAGACUAUCUGUYAAGCGUUUAUCAAGAGGGUCUAAUAGAUCGAAUACAUCAAGCCAAGUGUGAAUACAACCACAACRGAACCGCAAUCUUACGCAGCGCACGCAGGAAAGACCGCARWUAAGAAUCCGCAAUUACUUACGUACCUUCAAGCGUUUAUCAAGAGUCUCUACAAGAUAUAUCAAACAUCAAGUCAAGUGUGAAUAAACCACAGCGCAACCGCAAUCUUACGCAAAUCAUGCACGAAAAGCCUCAGUAAAGUGUCYGUAACUCUUACGUAACUUCACGCGUUUACCAAGACGUUCCGCAGCAGAAAUAGAGGUGGUCCACUUAAACAAUAUUACUGAACUGCACGRAGUGGAAGAAUCGCAAUAGAUCAUGUGGUGGGUUUUAUGCGAGUACUGAGCGUUAAGAACUGUCCAUUUCUACAAUGCAACUUUGCAUCUUCUAGGGUUGAUGGCUCUGCCGCGCUUACAACCUUUCGUUACAAAAAGUGUAUAUAUUGUAUAAAUAAACUAACUGUAAUAUUUUGGGAUACAAUAGAAAWCACAAYACGGACGCUGUUACGGAAAUUCUUURCAUUYCAUAACGACUUGUGGAAAUGRCAUACGUGACGCAACAACGUURGUAUUCUAUGAUAAGGAUGAUAUUAGUUGAUAAUAAAAUUGAUAAUCAUAACGUAAAACUGACACAGAAACGUAAAAAUUUCUUACGUCUUAUAACGGCUAGUGGAAAUUACAUACGUGACGCAACAACGUUAGUAUUCUAGGAUGAUAAUGGUUAAUAAUAAAGUUGGUAAUCAUAACGUAAAGCUGACACAGAAACGUACAUUCCUUACGUCUUUUAACGACUAGCGGAAAUUACAUACGUAACCCAUUAACCGUAAUAUUGGUACUUGCAGUAUAAUGAUAAUAUGAGUUGAAAAUAAAAUAAAAAUUAAAAUUA